GCUGUUUGAAGACACAACCUUUUUUUUUUUUUUCGUUGUUUGCCGACCGUAUCCUGAGAAAAAAAAAACAAAAAAAACCCAUCCAGGCUUUAAACACACGCUUCUUCACCACAGCUUUUUUGUUCUUCCUCCACACCAGCCUGCUUCAGUUUCGGCCCAGUUCGGCCGGCGUGCUGUGUUUUUUUGUCCGACUGCCAGGAAACUUAACUGGGGAUCCAUGGUGUUAAAUUUCCAUUGUAACAAGUGGAUAACAGGAGGAGACCCGACCAAGGUCUAACGAGUGGUGGAGCAGGCUGAAGUAUUGAUAUGAAAACGGGUGAUUAAGGACAUGUCUACACCUAUUAAGGGCUAGAGGUGUGCUGGUCUACCGGUUUUACUAUAUAUCACGGUGGAACCUACUGUAACAACAAUUUCUACUGUUACUGUGUAAUGAGAGCGCUGGUCAUGGACAGAUGAUGGACGUGGAGACGUCGUACUCAGACUUCAUCAACUGUGAUCGCACAGGCCGCAGGAACGCAGUGCCCGACAUCGCAGGGGAAGGGGAAGUAGCGGCCAGCACCAGUGAACUAACCAAAGACCUGGCAGAGAUGGACCUGAAGGCUGCAGAAGGUGACCCGGGGGCCUCCCCAGCCCCUGAGGCAGAGGGCUCCACCAGCCAAGAUGCCCAGGGAAGUGGAGGCCCGUCCUAAACUCAGCCAGAGACCGAAGGGGGGCAGAGCCGAGGAGUGAAAAGUAGAGAGGAAGCAAGUGAAAGUGGAGAGACAUUGAGAAAGGAAUGAGAGAGUGAGUGUCUAUUGGUUGUCCUAACUGGACGUGAGGACUUGGUUGCUCACUGCCGGCCUGUUUGGAGCUUCAGCAGCCCAAAUGUACGCCUUUUUCAUUGGAUCAGAUUGUAACAUGGGGAGCAGAACAGAGUAGAAGUGACAAUGGAGAUGCUGCUCUUUUGCUUCAUACUCUUAGUCAUAGUCAUUUAUAUUUCUGACGAGACAAGAAAGCACAGAAACUUUGGAUUUAUGUCUGUGGAGAUGGACUGAGCUGAACAGAAUUCAUUUAUAACACUCGAAACAUUGUUCCAGCCUAAUAUGGAACUGUGUCAUGGAGGGCGUAUUCAUAAUCAUCUGUUUGUCAUUUUCUUUUUGUGUAUGCGUGUGUGUUUGUGACCCUCUUGUUCAAUUUCAUCGUCAAGUCUUUUCUUUUUUAGUAAACAAACAUAGUCGCCAUUAUACUGUCGUGUACGGACUUCAUAUUUAUUGCUUAAUGUUCAGUGAUAACUUUGUGAUAGCAAUUUUCUUUGUGUAAUAAAAUACUUAUGAAUUACUGUAA